AUGUCCAUUGCAGGACUAACCGGCUCAGCUAGACGAUCUCACUGCAACGAGUGGUUAGAUAUUUGUUGUAAGACUUACAAAGAGAAUGUUACAGUAUAUAUAUCUAUUUAUAUCUAUCUAUCUAUUUAUCUUUCUAUUUAUCUUUCUAUCUAUCCUUCUAUCUAUCUAUCUAUCUAUCUAUCUAUCUAUCUAUCUAUCUAUCUUUCUUUCUAUCUAUUCUAUCUAUCUAUCUAUCUUUUUAUCUAUCGAUCUUUCUAUCUAUCUAUCUAUCUAUCUAUAUAUCUAUCUUUCUAUCUUUCUAUCUAUCUGUCUAUCUAUCUAUUUAUUUAUCUAUCUUUAUCUAUCUAUUUAUCUCUCUAUCUGUCU